AUGGAGGAAAAUUACGACGUGAUAGUUCUUGGAACAGGUUUGACAGAGUGCAUUCUUUCAGGUCUUCUCUCAAUUGAAGGCAAAAAGGUGCUUCACAUUGAUAAACAGGAGUACUAUGGAGGUGAGAGUGCCUCUUUGAACUUGACACAACUCUAUUCGAAGUUCAAACCAUCGAAACCGUACAAAGGACAGUAUGGAAAAGAUCGUGAUUGGUUGGUGGACCUCAUUCCAAAGUUCCUCAUGGCGAAUGGUGAAUUGACCAACAUUUUGGUCCACACUGAUGUCACCCGGUACAUGGAGUUUAAGCAGAUAUCGGGAUCGUUCGUUUACAGAGAUGGAGUAAUCGCAAAAGUGCCCGGUUCGACUACCGAGGCCAUUUCUUCGCCGUUGAUGGGAUUUUUCGAGAAAAGAAGAAUGAGGAACUUUUUGCAGUUCAUAGUGGACUACCAGGAGGACGAUCCAAACUCAAAGCAUGGCUUUGACCUUGAUAAGGAUACCAUGGAGCAGAUUUACACACACUAUGGACUUCAACCGGGAACACGUGACUUUAUCGGCCAUGCCAUGGCUUUGCACUCAAACGACAGCUAUCUCGACAAACCGGCAAGGGACACGUACAACCGGAUCAAUCUCUAUGUUACCUCGAUGGCCCGGUACGGGAAAUCGCCUUACAUCUAUCCGUUGUAUGGAUUGGGAGAGCUUCCUCAAGGUUUUGCUCGUUUAUCCGCCAUUUAUGGCGGUACUUUUAUGCUUGAUACGCCGAUCGACGAGUACUUGUGGACUGAAGACGGCAAAUUCGCCGGUGUUAAGACUAAAGAAGGUGUUGCCAAGGCUCCAAUCUGCAUUGCCGACCCAACUUACUUCCCUGAGAAGGUGAAAACCGUUUCUGGCGACCAGAAGGUCAUCAGAGCCAUUUGCAUCUUGGAUCACGCCAUCCCAAACACCAAUGAUGCCGAUUCCGCACAAAUCAUCAUCCCACAAAACCAGGUUGGCCGGAAAAACGACAUAUACAUUGCAGUGAUAUCCGGGGCACACAACAUUUGUGCAAAGGGUUACUAUGUUGCCAUUAUUUCCACCAUCAUAGAGACAGACAAACCCCACUUGGAGCUUGAACCUGCCUUCAAGAUUAUUGGCCCUACCAAGGAUGUUCUUAUGAGUAUUUCCCAGCUUUAUGAGCCAAAGGAGUCCGGCACUAAAGAUAAUGUCUACAUUUCCAAAUCUUACGACCCAUCUUCUCACUUCGAAAGUACUACUGACGAUGUUAAGGACAUAUAUAAGCGUGUCACGGGUCAUGAUUUGAUUCUUAAGCAGAGGAAAACAGUCCAGGAGGAGGCUGAGCUAGCUGGUUUGAGCUAA